AUGUCAAACGAUAAGGGGGGACUCAUCAGACAAUGGGCCCCUGGGCACAGGGCAUCAGUUAAAAAGGCACAGCAGAGACUCCACUUCCUGAGGGUACUCAGUGGGAACAACCUAGAGAAGAAGCUGCUGGUGGCCUUUUACCGGGCAGCCAUCGAGAGCGUUCUGACCUACAACAUCACGGUCUGGUACGCUGGCUGCUCGGCUGUGGACAAGAAAGCUCUGCAGAGGGUAGUGAGGACAGCUCAAAGGAUUAUUGGCUGCUCACUGCCCUCCCUGGAGGACAUCGCCACCUCCUGCUACCUCAGUAGAGCAACAAAAAUCAUAAGGGACCCCUCACAUCCUGGUCACCACCUGUUCCAACUGUUGCCCUCCGGCAGGCGCUACAGGACUGCCAAGGUGAUGAAUGAUCGUGUUGGUCCAGUCUACGUCAUCAACCUUCUCAUUUCCGACCUCAUUCAGUUCUGCGGCAUGAUCUUUGAGAUGGCGCAACCUAAGGACAGGACAGUGAUUGAUACAUUCACGUAUAUUUACGUAUACUGUCUGGUGGCCAGUGUUUGCUUCAUGGUGUGCAUCGCCCUGGAAAGGUAUUUGGUCAUCGCCUGCCCACUGUGGUACCGCUUCAGACGAACCAUCAAGGUCUCUGUGGUGGUGUGUGUCGUGGUCUGGAUCAUUCCUCUUGUCUAUUUCCUGCCUUUCUUUUUCUGGAUUAAUUUUAGGGUCAAACGAGUCAUUUUUGCCAUCCUCCUCCUCCUUCCUCUCCCACUGUUCAUAUUCUUCCUUGGUGGAACCCUCAAAGUCCUGUCUGCUUCCAUCUCUGUCCACUCUGACGAAAAACGACGAAUUGUAGGAAUGUUGGUCCUGGUGUUGCUUAUUUACAUGCUGCUCUUCCUGCCAAGCAUCAGUUGGUCCCUGGUAGCGGGAGCUAAAUUCAACAAAACUUUUAGCAACGUGUCUUUAACAUUUCUCAAGUUAAGUCCUCUUGCAGACUUAUUUCUGUAUGUUUUCAUGAAGAAAGGGACCGUUGACAAGCUGUUGGCUUCUGUGUGUUGUUGCAAAAUGGACAGUGAUGAUAUCAGUAGUUCAAAUUCAAGUUCUUUCAUUCAAGUUUGA